AUGGCCUUGCGUGGACCUACAGACCCCGCAAUGAGUGAACUUGAACUGAAAUGCGAAGUCCGGCAAAUUGUUCGAGAAGCUCAGAACCUGUUAUCCACUACUAGCGAUCCGAGUACCAUCAUCAAGACACUGGACAGAGUAAAAUGCUUACUUCCAGGAAAAACUGACAGCAACUCACAGGACUUUAAUAUCGACAGAAUUCUAAAAGCUAAAGAGGAAUUCUGCAGCCAGCAUUAUGUGCGAUUCUGUGAGUUUUUACUUCAAACACUUAGUCUGGAUUGGUUUGGUAAACUAAGUAAGCAGGACAGAAGGCAGUCGUUUGAUGUAUUUUUCCUGGAAGGUGUAGACCAUGCUUCAUUGAUGAUAUUAUGCAGUGCUGUACAGAAUACAACCUACCAACUGAACAAAUCGGUUCUGUUAUUGGAAGAUUUCAUCAAACUUCACCGGAUUAAAGACCUUAUCUGGACCCAGUGUAGGGUAGUACCAGGUGAACAGACUGUAACCAAGACAACACAGAGUAUGUUAUGGGAUCGACUAAUCACAUUGCUAUCAACUCUAUCCAAUAGGAUGGCUAACAAAUUACAGACACACAACAGUGACGUAUUCUACCCACAAGUUUAUUUCAAGAUAUUAGCUAAGGACACGCUGCUUGUACUUUAUAAUAUUUAUAAAGAAAUUAAAGCCUCCAGAGAUUGUGUUGUAUCGUUUGUGAGUAAGUUACUUGGUAAAGUCUGCGUACAUGGAUACACAGAUUUAUAUCUUAGUUCGUUGUUACCUACAUUUAUACAGCUGACUGAGAAUGAUUUUAUUUGGUGCAGAAUUUGUUGUACUGUCAUCACCGGUGUUCCAGAAAGAUGUCUAGAGCCGGUUAUAGAAUACGUAUUGCAACACACGCCGUGGUUUGGAAUGGUUUCUAAGCUCCUUGGUGACAGCGUCCUCAGCAAUCAAAAGCUUUCGUAUAUUUUAACGCACAAGUGUCUAUUACUUUGCCACUAUGAAAAGGAGUUAAUUCUUCGUAAUAUAAUUGGUUACUUGGCAGACGCUCCACAACGAAGGCCUCUCUUGAUUAAGGUAAGUGACAGUAGCACUGUUCUUAUAAGGAAAUUACUCGGUGGAAUGCAGUGUCAUUUGGACAGUCCUAUUAUGAAAGUGAGAAGACUUGGUAUGAUCGUCGCGGAAUCGUUAACGCAAGCCGUGGAUCAUGGAGACACGCGUUUGAAGUUUGAAUAUCAAAGUGACGAUGAAACUGAAUUGUUGUUAUCAUUAUUAAAGCCAGCUGUGAAUCCAGGUGUUGAACAGAUAGAAAGCCUAUUGACUGAGCUAGAUUUUGAUGAGGAGGCGGAAGAAGAUGUGUGUGGUGAAGAAAACAGUGACCGUCUUUAUAAGGCAGAAGAUGAAACCUUAGAUAGUGAUGAUGACCUUCAACCCUAUGACAUGUCACAUGACGUGAAAGUUAACAGUACUAAAUCACCAAUGUAUAUAAGAGACUGUAUGCAAGGUUUAAUAAAUCAAGAUGAUCCUGAUAGAUUGGAAGCUUGUAUUAAAGUUGCUGAAAAGUUAGUCAGAGAUCAUCCACAUACAUUACAAGAGGUCUGUGUAGAAUUUCUGAAAUUACUGCUGCACUUACAAGAUAACUUUGCCAUAGACAACUUUCGAUACUUAAGACAUUCCGCCAUGGUUGCCAUUGGUGUACAAUGCCCAGUACAGGUUGCUGAUUAUCUGACUGCCGAGUUUUACAGUAGAAAUUACAAUCUAAGACAGAGGAUGGACAUGCUGGAGGUGUUAGCAGCGGCAGCACAAGAACUAUCAGAGCCAGUUCAGAUGAUGGGAUCUAGUAAAGGGAAGUCGUCUACGGCUGUCAGUUCGGGCUACGUACAGCAGAGUGACAGUCCCACACACUGGAAAGAUAUCGUACAACAAAGAAUAGAGCGUAAAACAAGGAGAUUUGCCAAAGGUACUAGCAAACCAGAACCAAUACCUGUUGCAAAUAGAUUUUCACCAGUUGCUGGGCAUUUCUUUUUUCCUUUACUUAAAAAUUAUGACAGCCGGACAAGUACGCUGAGUCUCCUUGAUCAAGAUUAUCUAUUACUUGGAAGACUUCUAUAUACACUGGGUGUUGUCAUGUAUGCAGCAAUCAAUUCUACCAUAUGUCGUCAUAUGGCCAGUAGUUUAUUGGAAUUUAUCUGGGUUCUAAGAUACCACACUGAACCAUUUGUAAGGCAAGCGUUAUUAUUUGCAUUGUCUAUGAUUAUAUUAAGUGUACCUUCUCAUUUACUGGUAUCUGAUCUACAAACUGAUGUGAUGGAGUGUAGGCUAUGGUUACAAGAUAUAAUAGAAAAAGAUCCUGACACAGAGUGCAAGAAGCUAUCACUGCAGACUUUAAUGAUAUUAGAAAAUGCCAUGAAGAAAGAACUUGAAGGGGUGUCUUAAAAUUACAACAAGGUAUACUACAAUUGCAUUAUGCCUCUGUGAUGGAGCCUAUGGAAGGUCUGUCAUGAUUACCUAAAGCAGGUUGUUUCUCAUUAUUUUAAAAAUAAAGUGUUAUUUAUACUGCUGUA